UGCCACCUGCCAGUGCCCAUCAGUGCCACAUUUCAGUGUCUGCCAGUCAGUGCCACCUAUCAAUGCCAGUCAGUGCCACCUAUCAGUGCCAGUCAGUGGCGCCUAUCAGUGUGCAUCAGUGCUGCCUAUCAGUGCCCGUCUGUUCCACCUAACAGUGCCAGUCAGUGCCACCUAUCAGUGCCAUACAUGAGUGGUGCCUUUCAGUGCCCAUCAGUGAUGCCUGUCAAUGCCCAUCAGUGCCACUACCUACCAGUGCCUCCUCAUCAGUGCCCAUCAGUGCCACCUAUCAGUGUCCAUCAGUGCAGCCUAUCA